AUGGAUAACAAGACGAGCAUCGGAGUCCUGAACGCCACCGGCCUCGUGUGGCGCGUGUGCACUAACAAGGCGGUGCAGCUGCUGGGAGGCUGUGCUCUGCUGAGGGUGAAGUGUGGAGCGACGGAGAUCAAGUUUUUGAGGAAGCCCCGCUUCAGUAAGAGCCUGUUCUGUUUGCCUCAUCUGUAUCGGCUUCAUCAUCUGAACCGCAGCGGAGCCGUCACGGACCUGAAUCCAUACAACACCCCCGAUAUUGACCAGGUGAUGGAGCGGCGGUCCCCGCGCGGCCUCAGAGACGCGGCGUGUCCCUCCGCGCUCCGGCCGCUGCUGCUCGGCUCGGCUGUGGUCUUGGUCCUGUCCGUGUCCAUGUACCCCGGGCUCCGGUCCAUCGGGGUCCGGCUCCACUCGGCCCUCACAGGGAGCUUCGUACCGGGCCACCACUCAGUCCUGCUCAUCAACAGUCCCAACGAACAGGCAGCCAAGGACAUCGGCAGGGCGAUCAUGGAGCGGCGGCUGGCUGCCAGCAUCAACAUCCUCUCCAGGACCUCCACCAUGUACUACUGGAAAGGAGAAGUCCAGGAUGCCAGUGAGGUUCUGAUGCUGGUGAAGACCAAGACCUCCAGGAUCCAGCAGCUCGUGGAGUACGUGAGGUCUGUCCACCCCUACUCCAACCCAGAGGUGCUCAGCUUCCCGGUGGAGGACGGCAGUCGGGCGUACAUGGAGUGGAUGGACGAAGCCGUUCCAGACGACUGA